CCUUUUUCCCUUGGCAACCACUUCCUCUGAGCAUCAUCGGCCAUCUUUAAUGUGAAGUCAUUCAUGAAAAAGUUGUCCAGACCGCUGAAAAACGUCUGCUUGAGCGCACCGAGCAGCUGCGGACUGACGGUGGGGUGCGCGCGGCCAGCUUGCGGGCAAGAGACGCCGAGAGCAGCACCGCAGCAGUCAGACUGUCCGCGGGGAUAAAGUAAACACCGAGAGAGACGCACAGCAAUGAGAAAGAAGCAGACAGCCAAACCGCGGAAGGCUGAGGAGACUGCAGAGGUCCAAGAGUUUGCAGUGGAGAAGAUAAUUCGGCGCAGAGUGUUAAACGGCAGAGCAGAGUACUUCCUGAAGUGGAAAGGCUUCACAGACGCAGAGAACACGUGGGAGCCAGAGGACAACCUGGACUGUCCUGAGCUUAUAGAGGAGUUCCUGAGAGACGCACCUCUCUCGGAGGAGAAUGAGGAAGUGCUGAACGAGCCACCGUUUGUUCCCAAAGAAGAAAUGACCGAGCAGGAGACAGAAAAUACCAGCAGCAGCAUGGUCCUCAAGCCAGACGAGGACGAGUCGGACGCCCCGGUGGACCUCAGCACCUACCUCGAGCCUGAAUGCAUCAUCGGCUCCACAGACAGAAAGGGAGAGCUCAUGUUCUUAGUCAAAUGGAAGAACUCUGACGAUGUUGCGCUGCUGCCGGCCCGUGAAGCGAGCGCCAGGUGUCCCCAGGUGGUCAUUGACUUCUACGAGCAGAAGCUGAGUUGGCACGAUGGAGACGAGGAGCAGUAAAAACAACAAAAUAAGAAAACAAAGGCGGGUUGUGAUGCGAAGGACCACUAAGCAGCUGUGCUACCACCUAAAGCUUAGUUUAACCUGGGUCAGCUGACAUGAAAAGCACGCUGCGUGAAGUCACGUCCCGCUGCAGGGAGAGUUUCAGACCCUGACAGGUGCCAGAUCCUCGGGGAGGAAUUAAAAUGCUUUUCGCCCCGUGGCGCUCAGGAAGGUCACGUUGUCUUUGAGGACAGCAAUGAAGACAAACCCCCUCAAAACAACCAACUUUAGUUCUGAGCAGCUGACUUGACUAACCUGUUGCAGCUUUUAUCUUGUCAUUAUGUAGCAGACUCGAUCACUGUGGAAGUGUGUUUUAUGUUUUUUACAACACUGAAUAAUUUAGUUUUUUAAUCCUUUCUUUGAGCAACACAUAUCCUGCAAGGGAUUCUUUUAUUUCCUGUUAGCAGGGUGAGCUAACGUCUGCUCAGUUUGUACCUUUUUAGUGCUGAAAGUUGUUGACCCUGUUUGAAAUAUUGCUGUAGGUGGUCUUUAACCUUUAUUGUUUUUGUAUGAACCUUGUGAUUAAUUUAAAAAUGGCAAGAAUCCAUAUAAUCAUUCAACUGCCUGUUUCUCUUUGUUAUUUUAUUUAAUCAAAUGUUUGGUGCUUUAACCCAAAGUGAGUCCUGGUAGAAUUGUUCAAAACAUUUAAUUUCUAAAGUCGAAUAGAGACCUUUGCACCCAUUCAACAUGAGACUCUGUGCCCCUGUGAUGAGCAGGAUAAUUAUUAAAUGUAGCACUUAAGUUAUAUAAAGCAGGGCCAUUGUUGUGUACUUGAUAAUUGUAUUUUUUUUUAAGUUUUUGUUUUUACACGUCUGUUAUGCGACACCCAGCUGAAUCGCCUUUAAACAUCUUGUACCAACUACUGUAAWUGUUGACCACAGAUCUGUGAAGUCUGUGAAUAAAAAAACUAAUAUUUCAA